GUCAGAAAACUAGUUACAUGGACAGUCUUCCUCAGUGGUUCAUGACCUCAAGGCUCACUCCAGAAGACGAGAAUCUGAGAAAAACAGCCUUCGAAGACAUCAUCAAGACCCCAGGAGAAAAAACAAAGUACUGCAUCCCAUGCACUAAGUAUGACCGUCAUGGCUACAAGCCUCGGGACCGCCUGCUGAUCCUAACAUCUGGGGCCUUAUAUCUGCUGGAGGCCAAGGAGAACAAGCUGAAACAGAAGCACAGAUUCUCCCUGAAGGAGGUCCAGGGGCUCCAUGUGUCUCCCAACACAGACAACCUUCUCCUGGUUCAGAUCCCAGUAGAAAAUGCCAAAAGAGAUAAGGGUGACCUCAUCCUCAAUGUUCCAAAUGUCAUUGAGGCUGUGACAAAGAUGAUUUCAAUCAGUGACAACCCAGAAGUGCUGAAGAUUGCUGAGACAGAGACUAUUGGACACACCAUGAAGAAUGGCAAGCAAGGCACUAUUCUCCUGGGAACAGGCAGCAAUAUCACCACUAUAGACAAGAACAAGGAAGGCAAGCUGGCAGUGAUUGCUGGCCACUAAGAUGAUGGAUGUUCUUACUAUGAAUGCCAUAGUCCUAUGAUUGCAGCAUGGACAGCCCUACAUCAUGAAGUCAUUCAUUCACUACCCUCCACCCCCCUGCUGAAAAGAGAGAGAGAGAGAGAGUGAGAGAUUUACAUGCAAAGAAACACUAUAUUGACCAUGGUAGCCAUGUGGCUACUUAAGAGUAUGAGAGAGAAUUUCAUGUAGUCAUUUGGAUACACACUAUUAUAUAUAUCAUUCUGUAAGCUAACAAAAAAGAUUUAAAGUUCUUCAUAUCUAUCAUCAGUUACUCUUAUAUUUAUCCAAACAAAAUAUAACAUUUAUUCAGAAACUGUGUAACAUGAGUUUUGUGUGAAAAAAGUGAAUUAAUAUUAUAGUCUGAUAACUUCCA